AUGGACGAAGAACAAGACCGCAAGCCAGCAACCUUCACAGGCCGCAUCCAACUAGAAGCCUUCAAAUACACCUCCCCAGAACCAAGUACCCUUCGUCGCAAUCCCCCCCGCGCAGCAUCCACCCCCUCCCGCACCAGCACUCCCAAAGAUGAAUCCCCAUCCAUCUCAUCACCCAGAAAACGUUCAUCCUCCCAAUAUCCCGCCAAGAAGAAACGAGCCCGCACAGCGUCAGGCUACGCACCGCCAUCCACAUACGCCCAUCUCCCUCUCCUUCCUGACGCUAUAGCGCAAAAUCUGCUCGUCCUGUUUGUCGGACUCAACCCCGGCAUACGGACCGCCACCACAGGACACGCGUAUAACCACCCGUCCAAUCUGUUCUGGAAGCUCAUGUACACUAGUGGAGUUACGCCGCGGCGGUGCUACGCGGAGGAGGAUCGACAGAUGCCGGAGUUGUACUCUCUUGGGUUGACGAAUAUUGUGGCGAGGCCGACAAGGAAUGGCUCAGAGUUGAGUAAGGCGGAGAUGGAUGACGGGGUGGCUCUUUUGGAGGAGAAGGCGAGGAAGUAUCGGCCAGAGAGUAUGUGUGUUGUUGGGAAGAGUAUCUGGGAGAGUAUAUGGCGGGUGAGGCAUGGGAGAAACGUGGGCAAGUUGUUCAAGUAUGGGUGGCAGGAUGAGGAGGAGAAUAUGGGGGUUGUGGAGGGGGAAUGGGGUGGUGCGAGGGUGUUUGUUGCGUCGAGUACGAGUGGGUUGGCUGCGACGCUGUCGCCGGCUGAGAAGGAGAGGAUUUGGGGGGAGUUGGGGGCGUGGGUGAAGAUGAGGAGGGCGGAGAGGGAGGUUGCUGAGAUAAAGGAGGAGGAGGAAUGA